AAAAGAAGCGCAAGAGGGAGAUGGGAGGCACCCCACUUAUUAGAUUUCGUCGUACGGUCCUGUUCACAAGUGAAGAUGCAGCUGCGCCUCUGUGAGGCAGCCUGUGAUCUGAUCCAGCGCAGCGGCUGAAUCAUGGCAUCCCGGUGAAGUUUGAGGAGACAGAAGCGCCAAGGACCGAGAAACAACUCCUGAAACGCACAGACUGAAGCUGCUCUGCAGGGAUCAUUUGACUACUGAAGAAGCACGUUUUGACCACAUAUCUGGCUUCACGCGCAGAGCUGGAGAGCUUGAGGUUCACUUUGAGUUUUCUCUUGUUCGAUUGACUGGAAACACUGUCAUCAGUCAGGUUAUUCUUCGCAGGGAAACACCAGUAUCUUUUCAUUAGUAAAUCACUGCAAAUAUUAACUUUAUUUCACUUUAUCUAAACCAUUCUGUGUUGGCUAUGAGACUCAGUUAUACGCGCGUCUCCAAACGAGGACGCACGGAGAUCUCACAAGUGUCGAGAUUAUUUACUCUAAUCCGAUCUCUUAUAUUCAAUGUCGCCUUGCUGUAGACGACCCCAAAUUAGAUAAUUAUAAAUUAAAUAUUCCCAUCUUCAAGACACUAAUUAAUCCGCUGAGGAAAAAAAGGAUCAAACUUGCGUGCGUUAAAGAAGUUUUAUUUCUUCGGGCUGCAUUGUAACUCUGCAGAGGUUAAUGCGCAGCAGUCAGCGUCACAAAAAAUUACUUUUGUUUUUGGAAAAUAAUCUGUUCUACAACGUGGCAAGUCUUUUUAAUUGAAAAGCACUGAUCCGUGUCUUGACGCAUUGCCCAGGACUGUUUUGUGUGCUUAAAAUGGACUUGGAAGACCUGCCGUGGAGGAUGCAAGGGAGCUAACAUUUGGACAACACAGAGACAAAACGAGAACAAUUGAGAUUCCUGGAAAGCUAAUCCCAGCAUGGCCUCGGUUCUGGACAGCGGCUGCUCCAUGGAGCUGAGCGGCUGGAACAGCAGUGUGAGCAGCGCCGGAGCCUCCGUCCCCUGCAACCAGAGCAUCCUGCAGCUCGCCCCUUACUCCCCUGAAGCCACGGCGGCCUUCGCCACAGCCAUAACCUUGAUGGUCGUCUUCACCAUCGUGGGUAACAUCAUGGUCAUCAUCGCUGUCCUGACCAGCCGGUCCCUCAGAGGUCCGCAGAAUCUGUUCUUAGUGUCACUGGCUGCUGCAGACAUUUUAGUGGCCACACUCAUCAUCCCUUUCUCUCUGGCCAAUGAACUGCUUGGUUACUGGUACUUCAAGUCUCUGUGGUGUGAGAUCUACCUGGCGCUGGAUGUGCUGUUCUGCACCUCCUCCAUUGUGCACCUGUGCGCCAUCUCACUGGACCGCUACCUGUCAAUUUCCAGGGUUACUUAUGGGCGUCAGCGGACUCCCAAACGAAUCAAAGCCGCCAUUGUUGUGGUGUGGCUCAUCUCUGCCAUCAUCUCCUUCCCUCCCCUGCUCUCACUGAACAAAAGCGAAGCAGGGGACCUGGGGACUGAGAGAGGACCUCAGUGCCAGCUGAAUGAUGAGCGCUGGUACAUCCUUUACUCCACCAUCGGCUCCUUCUUCGCUCCAUGCCUCAUCAUGAUCUUGGUCUACAUAAGAAUAUACCAAAUUGCCAAGCAGAGAACACGUUGCCCACCAGGAGAGCCCAGGAAGGAUGGGGUCGGCUGUGCUACACCAAGUCAGCCUCCUAGACAUGUACAAGCCAACGGGAAGGAUGAUGAAGAAAGCACACCGCCUUCAUCGAACAAAACCUCCAAUGCCAGACCCCCCACCCUUGCCAUCACCCCAUCUCCUUCCCUGGGAGAGUCUCCGACCUCCCAGAAUCCCAUCUCCAAUAAUCUCCUGCAACCUCCAUCCCCUUCUCUAGCCAUGACCCCUGUCACAACCUCCCCUGAUACCUUUCCCCAUGGCCCCUCAACCCCCUCCUCUGUGCCUCAGUCUUCCCCUGCCAAGACUAAAGAGAAGGGGAAGAAGGGCAAACGGCAGGGAGGGAAAAAAUCUGACAAUAACAAUGGUGACAGCUCAAGCACAGAGAGCGAUAUGGAGCACAGCCAUGGAGGAGGCCGAGGCAGCACCAGCAUGCCAGGGUCACCGACAGGAGGAGGUAUCCACUCCCCGGCCUCAGUCAAGCGCUACCGGGACAUGAUCGCCACUUCAAAGGGGGCUCGGCUGGUGCCAGGGAGCAAGUCAAAAACAGAGAACAACCCUGGAGCGGCGAGGCGUAAAGCGAUGGUCAACAGAGAGAAACGUUUCACUUUUGUUCUGGCAGUGGUCAUCGGCGUCUUUGUGGUGUGCUGGUUCCCGUUCUUCUUCUCCUACUCUCUACAGGCAGUGUGCCCAGACACGUGUACCAUCCCUGAUCCACUCUUUAAGUUUUUCUUCUGGAUCGGUUACUGCAACUCCUCUCUGAACCCAGUCAUAUACACCAUCUUCAACAAAGACUUCAGAAAGGCCUUCAAAAAGAUUCUUUGCAGAAGCACCAAGGGUACUUUCUUUUAGCAUAUACAUCUGCUGUAUAGGACAUGGACACAAAAAAAUCAAUAUUUCUGAGGCACAGAGGAAAAAAAAUCAUUUCCAUUCUUUAGAACACUCAAAGGGCUGUUUUAAAAAUAUGUUGAACUGUGGAAAUUCCAGCAUAAAAUUCAGAACUGAGAGCCACUGUCUUACAGCCAUGGUGUGCGCAAACAGGCAACUUGAAAUCCCAGCUUGCAGCUGACACAUACAAACAUUUUUAGAGGGUGUGGGGUGCAAACAGGACAUGGAAUAGAGGCAGUGCAAGACACUAAACGGCUUAUUGCUGAUAAGAUUUUGAAUGCAGAGUUUAUCUCCGGAUCACAUUGAAUAAUGGAUAAUGCUAGGACACAGGGUGGUGCAGAAUCAUAGACGAAAUGUAGACACACUCUAUAAAACUUUCUUGAAGAAAGCAGGAGAAGAUAAUUGACUUCUGAAUAAGAAUACUGAAUGUUUAAUUUAUAAUAUAAAAUGUUUUGUUGUUAUUAAGGACUCCAGGACUAAUGGGGAAAGAAAACAGGUAAGAAGAAGGAAAAGUGACCUUAGAUUCCUGUGAGCCUAGGGCCCUUUAUUUAUCAAUACAGAGCAUAUGGAGCACACAAGGUUAAUGGUGAUUUCUUACGUCUGCAGUCUUAAUUUACCCAGAUGCAGGGCAAACAUGGGUCCCUCGAUUUUUAUCUAAACGCGCAACAACAACAGAAGAUUUCUGACAAUCUUAAAUGUUAUAGCACAGACAAGGGCGCCCUGUUCAACUGAACUUGUGGACUUGGAAAACCUUUGUGGAAAGCCUUCCUGUCAGACACCAUGCUCUUGGCUUGGUAUGGGUCAUAAUGGACACUCAGGUUGUUUGUAAUGACACUCUUGGCUUUCACCUUUCAUGAAAUACACAAUAAGCUGAAGUGUGUUGGAUUUGGGACUUAAAAGAAAACCACGUGUAUGUUAUUGAGAUGUAAAAGUAAGACAGUGUGACCCCCUCAUCCUCUUAGCUUGCUGUUUCCUGCUUUUUAACUUAACUGGGACUAUCACGUCAAUGGACUGGACUGUGUAACUGUUCUAAUGAACUGCCUCAGUAUUUGGACAUUUAAGUAACAAUCAAAACUAUUUUUAGCCUCUGGAAAGUGCUUCAGAGGUUAUUCACAGUAUCUAAUGGGAGGUGCAUCUGCUGAAGACUAAAAAAACUAGAUUCUUACUAUUAUACAUGUGAACAUUUUUUUUCCAGAAACCCUGCUUCACCAUAAGCAGCAGUAUUUAGCAGGUAGACAUUUACAUUAACUGUAAAGGACAUAUGGACAAUGUAAUUAUGGAUGUGUAAUGUUACCCCCAAUUACGCCUACAUGGGCUAUUCUGAGAACUAUUUGGCUGAGUCACUCCUUACCAACGCCUCUGGCACAUCAUCGCCUGCAGUAGACCUCUACAUGGCACAUUGGUUUGUUGCUGAAAGGCGAGAGGAUGAAUGGUACAUUUAUUUUUCUCACCAAGAGACUGGGGCUCCUCCACAUGAAAAAAAAGAAAAAAUGUGUUUGUAAUUGUGAACAGCACACAGGCUUAUUGACUCAAUGGGACAAGGGCUGUCAUCAGCAACACUUCAAUUUACUAAUUGUCUAAUUCUGCUGACCUGUGUGUGUGUGUGUGUGUGUGUGUGUGUGUGUGUGUGUGUGUGUGUGUGUGUGUGUGUGUGUGUAUAUGUGUGUGCGUGCCGACUUACGUAUGUUUUUCUGUAGAAAGUGUCAGUGCCUCCUCUGGCUGCUAUGUACCACAGAUCUACUGCAAUAUUGAUAAGAGACCGGCUUUCCUGGUGCAGGCAUCACUUUGCUGUCUGUCAUGUGUAUGUUUCUACUUGAUGGAAAGUAGUAUAUCGCUAUGUUGAGAAAGUCUUAGUGAACUGAAAGUCAGUGUUUAUCAGUGAUAUUGAGUACAUGGCUUUUUAGUGAUCACCCUCAAGGGACCAAAGAGCCUUAUAGGACACCAGCCUGACUCAGUGAUAUCUGGCUCUGUGUUGCUUUAAUGAAAUAUUACUUUACCUUUGGUGUAUGUAACGGGAGGCAAAGAUUGACUGUAUUAUUUAUUUCAAACUAUUUUGUGUUUUCUGUCUGUUACCUAUUUAUUGUUCAGUCACUGUGCUUUUAUUCUGAAAGUCAAGCAAAGUGGAGCUGAUCAAAGAGCGAGAACACUGUACAGAUUUUUAAUAUCUUCAAUAAGAGCAAAAUUGAUUUUUGCCAUCAAGCUCUUGCUUUGUGAGACUGAGCUACAUUUGAGCUUGAGGGAUGUAUUUGUGUUGAAUUGAAGGAACAUGAACUUUGAGUUAUGUGCAGAACCUAACAAUGCAACAUUUGUCAACAUUGUUUCAUCUAGUUGUAGUACAGUAAAAUGUUCAAUCAGAGAUACAAGCACAUUCAUGGAUGUACAAUUUAUCAAACAUACUGCAGCAGGAAAACCUCUCUUCACCGGUGCCACUUUUUUUCAAACGUUUCCUGAAAAAGUAAUCGAACAUGAAAAUGUCAAUAGCACCAGAAGCCAGUUUCAGUUGGAUGAUUUGCAGGCUUUGUGCAGGACAUUAAGGCUACAAUCCAUACCACACAGAGCUGCUUGGAGAUUCAAAUAACUGAUAGAACAAAUGGUUGAGAGUAAGAGCUCCUGUUCCCUGUCCUCUCUGUCCAUCUGAAAUAAUUUCUCUCCAGAAAUACAAACAGCUAUAACAACGCAAUUAUAACAAAAAUAGCCACAGAGGUCAUGGAUUCAUAGCUGUUUCCAAUAAAUAUGAUUUGCAAUGCCCCUCAAACCCUCCAACUAUGGCUUUAUGUGGUGAGAUUGCUGCUUUGUUUAUUGUAAAAAAGUCUGAAUUAUGGCUUAAAGGCGACAGAUGCAGUAAUCUGCCUCUUGAUCACCAUCUUUUCCCCCGAAACAGCCUGUACGGUCUCUUCUCCUACUGUGUUUGGACCAUACUGCAUGGUCUGAGCUUUACAAUCUUCUAUCCCCCAUCUCUCAUCAUCCCUCUCCAGUUUGGAAAUAAAGCUACUUGAAAAAGCA